AUGGAGGGUUCAAAUCGCCUUUUCCGCUUCCCGAAGCCCGCAUGGCUGAACAGCGCAAACACAAGGACCGCAGGCGUCUAUAUUGCAGGAGCUCUGUUUGCUCUUGGUUUCUACACCCUCAUCGACAUAUCGGUAUGGUCCAAGUCGGCGAUGAACGGCUCCGACCCACGCGUCCACAUCACUUUCGUCGACUGGGUCCCGGGCAUUUGCAGCGCCCUCGGCAUGCUAGUCAUCAACAGCAUUGACAAGUCGCGACUCUCUGCUGAUAGCUUCUCCUAUUCUGGAAACGGUGUCGCGUGGAAGGCUAGGCUAGUGCUGUUCCUGGGCUUCGCGCUGCUGGCCGGCGGAUUGGCGGGAAGUGUCGUGGUCAUGGUUAUGAAGUUUGUUGUGCCAGAGCACACAUGGCCAACUCUAUGGAUGGGCACCGGAAAUGUUGUUGCCAAUGCGUUGGUUAUGCUGAGUUCCGCGGUGCUUUGGGUUGCGCAGAACAUGGAGGAUGAGUACACGUACAACCUGGCGUUGUAAGAAUGCUAAAUGAAGUUGAAGUCUGUUGGGUAUAGCUUGUCCGACGUCAUCCGGACGGAACGAUGGUUGUGUUACGCAGGAUACUUUACGUUGAGGCGCUGAGCGGAGCGACAAUGAUCGCAAUGUAUGAAUAUGCUUGAGAUGCUAGUUUCCAUUAAUUCAAUAGCCUUUGUCAUGUUUCAUAUCCGGUUGAU